UUUAACAUUCUACGCGUAUUUCUGUUUCUUCUGCCUUCGCGCGCAGCAUCGGAGAAGAAGCCCUAACCCUAGAGUUUCUUUCUUCGCAAAUCCUUGCCUUCAUCUUCUCCUUUGAAAACCCUAAUCGUGGUCCGAAGAGUCACUGAACGGCGGGCUUCUCGUAAUUGGGGGGAUGUCUCGAUGCUAUCCGUACCCUCCUCCGGGAUUUGUGAAGGACGGGGGGCCGUGGUUCGAUUGUAUUAAGCUCCAAAGAGAAAGGGAGAAGAUCAAAACAGAAAUAAAAAAAGAGAAGAAGAGGGAGAAGAAGGAGAAGAAGGAGAAAAGGAAAUCUGAUAGAGGAAAAGAGAAACCCACUGGUACGGGUCAUGGCAAAAGAAGAAAGCUUGAUUACCAGAAGUAUGACCAACUAGAGCGAAGUAGAGAAGAGUCACAAGGUGCUCAUAUUCAAAUACAAAUUGAAGCUGAGGCUGAACAAUUGGAAAGGAGUGGUCUUACUGAUGAACAUGAGCAGCCAACCUGUUCUAUAAAUGUUUGCUCGGACAGCCUUCAGGGAAGCAACAAGUGGAUAAGGGACACCUCACCAACUAGUGGCCUCCGCAGCCAUGGAGCCAUUGUCCGGAUUCGGCUGCAUUCGAAGGACCAGGAUAAUGAGAAGGUACGCUCUACUACUGGAAGGGUUGAUGAUUUUCAUGCUCAACACAAGAAUGGAAGUGUCAAACUUCCUAGUCAAGAACAGGGCUGCUUUACUAAUACCAAGGAAAAUAUACUUGCUGAGAAGCUCACUAUUAGGCCAAAAAAGGAAGCAACCUGUCCGGUGACUGGUAGGCAUGAAACAACAACCUCAUACAAAUAAUUGAGAACUGGGUGCCACCCCCGCCCCAGUAUCAUCAGGGAAACGAUUUCAGUGAUGAUGAAGAAUGGCUUUUAAAGACGCAGCGGGCAAACAGAUAUGAGUCUGAAAGAUAUGAAGCUCGGAACGAUGCCAUUGGUUGUAGGAGUCCCAUGUUGCGGCCACACGCCUAUUACUUGCCGGAAGCUGACGUGCAUGCAUUACCCUACACGGUUCCAUUUUGAUUCUUCAUCCCCUUUUUUUUUUUUUUUUUUGGUUUGGGCAUCCGCGGCUUGUACAUUUGAGUUGAGCACUACAAGAAAUUUUGAUAAUUUGAUGGUUCUCGAGAGUAAUUUUUUGCAAAUACCACCUAGACUCAUUGUUGAUC